AUGAAUGUUCUCCAGAGAAUCAUUGCCGAGAGUAUUCAAACGGCCAUGAUUGGGACUUUCUCUGGCUGGGCAAACCGGAUUGGGCCAACCAACGAGGAACAAAACAUCUGGGCACGCGUUCCUGACGACGCGCUGCGUAACGACACCCGGCUGUUCUUCAAAACUUAUGCUAGCAUGUGCUUGUACGAGUACGCUGUCACCUACGAUGGUGCGCGCAAGAUGCUGUCAUCUAUGUCAGAAAUGUGCCGAUAUGAGUCUCAGGAUCCCGACAUCAACGUCAACGCGAAGAGUGACUGGCAUAAGGGAUAUACUUUCGACAUUCCCUUCAGCGCCAUGAUCAAUAUCCUCAGGCUCGUCGAUGGCGCUAACUCCCGUCUUGUCGCAGUGAUCCGAUGCGGAAAUCCAGGAAGCCACAUUUAA